AUGCCCAUUGCGCUUCGAAGCAUGUCAUCAAGACUGGAAGACACGUCCGCCAUCUUGGGCGAGUAUAUGCUCAAGGGGUGGACCCUCACGGACCUGCACUGCGACCAGUGCAGGGCGACUCCUCUCAUGCGCGAACCAGCUGCUCUAGCACGCAACGAGGGCCGUACCCCCAUCCAGUUCUGCGCUCUCUGUGACGGUGGACCCGAAGGCCGGGCGAACAGCGCAGCUUCGUCGUCGUACACCACUGCCGCCUCGACCCCGAGCGAGGAGGUGGAGGUGGUGCAAGACUCGUCGUUGGCGUCCACUCCCGUACGCCAGGCGAUUGGUCUUGAAGACGGCGACAUCGAAAUGCCUCCCACGCCUCCCUCGCCCUUGUCACCCCCAGGAAACCACACCGCGUCCGCCCGUGGAGAUCCCGACGCCGCGGCGGAUGCCAUUUCCCAGCUCCUCCUCAAGGGCUACUCCCUUCUCCAGACCGUCUGCCCCACACCAUCAUGUCGCGGUGUGCCCCUUGUUGGCAUGCCGCGCAACCGUGACGGCACGCGCAAUCCUGCUCGCGAGUGUGUGUCCUGUGGCAACCGUUGGGUCGACGAGCGCGAUCUCGCCCAGUCGGGCUUGCGCGUGCAGGAGCCUGCGCCCGUCCCGCAGCCCUCAACGUCAACGUCGGCCUCAGUUACUCCUACAGCCAUCUCCAUGACGUCAACGAUCAUGUCCCCACCGGCUUCAUGGGCGACGGCCGCGCCUGUUCAGGUUGCCGAGUCGGCGACCCCAGAGAGCCCGCGGUCGAGGGCUCGUCGUGAGCUCUAUGCUCAGGGCGCUUCUGUUAUGGCUGAGCGUCAGGCGGCCGCGGAGGCUCAGGCGGAGAAGGAGGCAAGCUUUGCUGCUGCUGCUGCCGCCGAGGCCGAGAAGCUCGUUGCUGCUGCCCACGCGGAGACGACCCGAUCCGCAGGAUACUCCCUCCCCAGCCAGCUGAGCCGUGAGGUGGCCGCACCUGCGCCAUUGCUGCCUGCUGACUCUACACCCUCGUCCUCCUCUCGCCCACCGUUCGUAUCUGCCGACCACCGCCCGGACCAGCCUGACGGCAAGCUCCGUGUUGUUGUCAUCACUACCGGUUCCGUUGCCAGCAUCAAACUCCCCAACAUUGUCGCCGAGUUGUGUGCCGACGGCAACGUUGAGGUUCAGGUCGUGGCGACCAAGUCGUCGCUUCACUUUUACGACAAGGCCGCGGUCGAGGCUGCCCACCCUGGCGUGAACGUGUGGACCGACGUGGACGAGUGGUCAGACUGGAAGAAGAUUGGUGACCCCAUUCUGCACAUUGAGCUCCGUCGCUGGGCCGACUUGGUCGUUAUUGCCCCCACCUCGGCCGACAUUCUCGCCAAGAUUGCAGGUGGACUGUGCGACAACCUCGCCCUGUCGCUUCUCCGUGCUCUCUCGCCCGAGACCCCCGUCAUCCUCUGCCCCGCCAUGAACACCCACAUGUAUGCGCACCCCAUGACUGAGCGUCACCUGAGCUUCAUCCGCCAGGUGCUCAAGUACUACAUCCUUGGACCCCAGGGUGCUGGAAUGCUUGCGUGCGGUGACGUGGGUGCUGGCAAGAUGACCGAGUGGAAGGACAUUGUGCAGGCUAUCCUGGGCUAUGCGGCUGUAUGGCGCAACCGCACCGACCACAACGACUCGUCCAUGCUGGACGCUCUUCUUUCAGGCUCGGUUCCGGCUCUUGCUACCCAGAACGAGAUCGAGUUCCAGCUUCCUCCCAUCGUCCAGACUCGCCCAACCAGGUCCCCUCAAGUCCAUGCCCGCCACCUGCCUUCGUACGAGACCAUCAACGUCGAGCCUCCCCGCCCGAAGAAAUCUGUUCGUGCUUCCCACUCUGCCGAGUCCCAGGUGGUCUCGCAGGCUCUUGCCGUCCCCCUCCAUCUCCUCCAGUACCUCCUUCUUCCGCUUCUCUGGGGCCUGCACCUCAUGUUCACCAUCUCGUCCAUCAUCCUUCGUGUCGUCCAGGCUCAGCCCGCAACUCCCGUGGAGCUCACCAAGGACGCUCCCAGCCACCUAGGCCUUAUCCUCGUUCCUGGCAAGGGCCCGCGCAAGGCCGUUGCUGAUCGCUAUGUGGAGAGCACCCGCCGCGCUAUCCAGUGGGCCGGCGAGUGGGGUGUCUCUACCAUUAGUGUGUGGGACGGCGAGGGUCUCGGAGUCCAGUACCAUGGUGCCGUGACUGCCAGCCUGCAUGACCUUCCUCCCUCGCCUCCUUCGUCGGCACCGUCGUCUCCUCCCGAGACGGUCGCCGACGAGGUCGUGCCCACCCUCGGCGACGAGACCGUCACCAAGUCGGUCUACGUCAACACCUCCUCGGGACCUCGUCGCGUCGAGGUCCACUUCCUGGCGCCUUCCGCCACGGACGCCAUCGCCCGUGUCGCGCGCAAGUACGCCCACGACAAUGUCGACCCGGCCUCCAUCAAGGAGAAGUCUCUCGACGAGGCGAUCAAGCGCGAGCUCGACCUCUCAAGCGACCCCGAGCUGAUCAUGAUCCACCACCUGUCCCCGCCGGGCUUCUGGCGCGGCCUCCUCCCUCGCCCGGCCCCCGAGCUGUGGGGAUUCCCCGCAUGGGCACUGCGUAUUACGGAGAUUUACACGCACCCGCCCACUCUCCCGCUCUACAUUCCCUUCAUUGGCAGCUUGCUGCACAACUCCCCCUUGCCCAUUCUCCGCAAGCUCGGCGCCCAGUUCCCGGACCAGGUGACGGCCGGCGUCCUGGACGCACAUGCGUGGGAGGGCGCGCAGGCUGCGUGGGAGAAGGUCGAGCAGCGCCGUGGCAAGUGA